GCUCAUUUGGUUUUGCAAUGAAGCUCUUUACUCAAUUCGUACUAACCAAAGAUCAGUUAUGAAAUGACCAUAUUAGUGAGACGCUUGCCUGUAUCAUUCAGUCCUAUAUAUGUUGCAGUGGACAGUACUGAAGCUUCCAGAGGCUGAGCAGAGAAUUCGCUAUUCACAGGGAGCUACUAUGACAGAUCUGGUAAAUCCCUCCAAUAAAGAUGAUCGCUCCAGCCAAUCAUCUGGAUCAUCAUCUAAUACAUCACAAACACUGAGAAAAGAAGAGACUAAAGACAGAAAAUCUCAUCCACCACGUUCUAAAUGUCCAACAAUCAGUCCAAGAAAUAUGCUAUUAAGACUGGAAAAAUAUGAUAAAGAUACACACACAAAAUCUUCUGAUGAACCUAAAGAAAAAGACAUCACAAAGCCAGAGGAAGAGGACAAAAACAAAAAUGUGUAUGUGGUUUCCAGUGAGUUUGUAGAUUUAUUGACUGAUGCUACAGUGAACACAGAAGAGUCAGACUCUCUUGACUCAGACCUACAGGAAAUAAUUGACUCUCCACCUGCAGAAAAAAACAUCAAAGUGAAAAAUAAACUGAAGGAGUUAGAGAAUGUUACACUUAACAUUGCUAUAACCGGGAAUACAGGGGCAGGGAAGUCUUCCUUCGUCAAUGCCCUCAGAGGUCUUCCUAAUGAUGAUAGGAACGCAGCUCCCACAGGAUCAGUUGAGACCACCAUGAAGCCCAGCAUGUACCAACAUCCCUUCAUGCCAAAUGUGAAGAUCUGGGACCUGCCUGGAAUUGGCAGUCCAAAAUUUAGAGCAAAGAAGUACCUGAAAGAUGUCAAUUUUCACACGUAUGACUUCUUUCUCAUAGUGACCUCUGAAAGAUUUAAGGAGAACGACAUAGAGCUGGCCAGUGCGAUCAAGAAAAGCAAGAAGCUAUUUUAUUUCAUUCGCACUAAAAUUGACAACGACGUUCGUGCCGAAUCGCAAAAAAAAAACUUUGAUGAGCGGACGUUGCUUGAAAACAUCCGAGAAGAUUGUAAGGUGAACCUACUGAAAGUCGGAAUUCCCAGAAUAUUCCUAGUAUCUUCAUUUCAUUUGGAAAAAUAUGACUUUCAGAAGCUUGUCAACACCCUCGAAGAUGAACUGCCCAAAAACAAGACAUUUGCUCUCAUUCAGUCUCUGCCCGUUUAUUCUCUUGAGGCCCUCACAAAGAAGAAAACAUACUUCAAGAAACUUAUUUGGCUGAAUGCUUUAGCGGCCGGGCUCGGGGCCAUACCUCCCAUCCCAGGAUUGUCACUGGCCUGUGAUUAUUUCAUCAUUAAGAAGUUUUUUCAGCAAGUCUUCUUGGGCUUUGGCUUAUCAAAUCAGGCCCUAGAGGCGCUAUCAGAGCGAGUGAACAAACCAGUGGAGCAACUGAAAGCCGCUAAGACGUCACGUUUCAAAGAUGGGGCCACUGAGGAUAUUGUGGUUGAUAUGCUGUCUAAACCGGUAAUUGCUAUAGCCAAGACGCUGGCCACCGUGAUGGCUCUGCUGCCAGGAGGAGCUCUACCAGCAAGCGGAACAGCUGUUGCUUCUGUACACUACCUGCUUAAUGUAGGACUGAAUGAGAUGGCAGAAGACACCAAAUGUGUUCUUUCUGUGUCGCAGCUUGCCUAAUAUGCAGAAAUAGCCUUCGAUCACAUACACAAAUCAUAUAAUAGCUCUGUUGUUGCAGAAAAAUAUCUUUUGGAAAUAAGUAGAUAAAGUAAUCAUACUAA